AUGAAGGCCGUUCAGGAGAUGUGCGCUGAUGGGAACGGCGAGGCCAAACGGGCCAAAACUGAGAGAGAAGCCUCCCAGGAGUUGGUCGCUGGAAUGUGGUCUGUGGAGGUCCGUUUGUGCAUCGCGAGCUUCCUCCCGUGGACGGAGCUUGUAGCUGAUUCGCUCCUUUGUCGUUCCUGGCGAGCGCUGGAGAUGGAAGACACGCUAUGGCAGGCAUACUUUGCGUCAACUUGGCCUCGGAUGGCGAGGCGAAAGAAGGCUUCAGCCGACGAUCGGCUACCUUGGCGAGCGCUCUUCCGUGCACAAUGGUCUACAGGCAACCGCAGGGAGGAUGCGCUGGAGGAAGACUGGUUAGACUUCAGUGCUGCACAGGGACUCUUCGAAGAGGCGAAGCCAAGCACUUCAAGGAGCUGGCCUCGUUCUUUGGCCCGGAAUCCUCCGGAGAAACUGCGGCGCUCGAUGCAAAUCUGCCGAGAGGACUUGUUCCGAAGGCAAGGCCUCACAGUUCCCGCCGAGCCUGAUACAUCACAUUGUUGCACGAAACACUGCAGGUUCCAUCGUCUUCAGUUUGAGGAGGCUGAUGCAUUUCUCUGUGAGGCAAGUGGCGCUUUGCAUGUUUGCGAAAGCGUGCCCUGUGCCUGCUGUGUUGCUUCUGCUGACGACUUUCUCGUUUGCCCAGUGAGUGGCCGCUGCUUUCCCAAAAACAGUACUGUCAAUGAGGAGGCAGCUGAUGCUCCCAUUUCCUACGAGUGGGAUCCAGGCCUCAGUGCUGCUCAGCAAGUGGGGCGGUGGUUCGAGCAAGGUUACUUCAUGAGCGAAGAGCAGGCGCUCGCCUUCUUUGACGGACGUUCCAGCGCAGGUCGUCGACUCAAACGUCAGACGAUGCUGGGUUCUUGGACAUUUUAG